AUGAAGUUCUCCAGGCUGGUUCAGCGUGCAGCGUUGGGAAGAUGCGUCCUUGUGUUGGUGGGAUUUGCUGCCGGGAUUUUCUGGUCCUCCCUGCUGAAAGCGGUGCCACUGACUCAGCAAGUGGCCGUGACACAACGCCGCGGUGCAAGCAUGUUGCAUGGACAGGCAAAGCAUCGUAGUGCUCUUGGCAACAUUCUCACUCAAGCUCAAAAGAUAGCUGAUUCACAGACGAGUAGAAAACGUAAAAUUCUGCUGGACUGUGGAGGAAACGUGGCUUCUACAGUCCAGUUGUUCAGAGAGACCUACCCGGACGGCAAGAACUACAUCAUACACUCCUUUGAGUUGGACGACAGACUGGCUCCGUAUUUCGCUCCGUACUCCAACCACGUUCUGCACUGCCCGACCGCUGUGUCCAACAAGGAUGGUAACAUGACAGCGUAUGCAGAGUCAGCUUGGUCGCCGGGAAAGGGAAAGACGAGCGGUACUGACAUGCAGUGGGGAGGGGGAACCCUGUUCGCCUUCAAAAAAGAGAUACAGGACAACAUCACAGGAGGGUCCCGGAGGCUGACCUACCGACGGACGAUCCCCACAGUCGACCUGUCCCGAUGGAUCCAGGAGAACACCGACGUAGACGACUACGUCAUUUUCAAGCUAGACGUGGAAGGCGCAGAGUACGACAUUCUGACAAAAAUGUUAGAAGAAGGCACUUUUAGAUGGAUUGACAAAUAUUAUGGAGAGUAUCACGGGUGGCAGACCAUACCGGGAUGGAACAAGGCAGACAAGGCACAACUCAUCGAAGAGGUGGAAGCCAAGGGUAAGCCUCUGUUGAGAUGGACGGGAGAAACCAGGACAUAUGAAGACUUCGAUGCCAUGCACCCGAAACUGAUUGGUGCUGUUGGAAAACCCGGUGUUGUCUACAAUAAUUGCAUCAAGUCGGCACAGAAAAGGCCGAGACUGGCCUUGGUGGUGCAGGUCGGGAUGAACGCUAAGGCCGCUAGCAAGCUGGUGACUACUCUGGCGGCGCACACAAGCCGCAUUCCCCUGGCCCUGUUCGUGUACGGAGACUUUGUAGAGUUGUUUCCGACAGUGGUGAAAGAAUGGGCCGAGGUGUUCACCAUUGGCAUGCGAGAGAGCCAGCCUUUCCCGCCAGGACACUUAGCCCUACAGGCGCGCCAGUGGAUCAGGUUCAGCCUGGUUAGCGCGAUAGAACGCCACCGGGACACCGGUCUGCAGCCGACAUUGUACCUAGCGGAGAACACUACGAAGUCGGUUAUAACCGUCGCAAAGAACCAAGGAUUGAGGCUCAUCCAGCCGACAGCUCGCUUCCCUCCAACCGAAGGAAACCUUUUAACGGAGAAAAACUACUACCACUACCGGGACGUGGAGAGGGUCCCCAAAGCUCUCCGUGUUAUCGCCGACAGCCUGGGGAACACGGGAGGCGUCCUCAGUCUGGACUCGGACCAUCCCGACAGUUACAUGAUCUCUGCUUUUCUGUUGGACUAUUUGGCGGAGAACUCUGGAUUUGAGAUUGUCAGCAUUGAGGAAUGUCUGACAGAAUGAUUUCUAUUUCCAGCAUUCCGCAUUUAUAAUAGAUAUGUGGAAUGCUAUCUACACGUAGCUAAAGGUAGUUCAGGCAUCCUAUCUAAAAGUGAGAAUUGCUUUGGCCUGCCCGUCUUGUAGGACUAUACUGAGAUCAGCAUGAUCACC